AUGGCCCAACUCCAGCUCGUAGCCUCGAUACUAUCCUUUGCGGCUGGCUGCUCGAUUUCGCACUGCGUCGUGGGGCUAUUCCUUCUGUUGACGUCGUACCUCGUGCUCGGCGCUUUUUACAAUGUCUACUUUCAUAGCCUGUCACGUUACCCAGGCCCACGGCUUUGGGCAGCCUCACAGAUCCCAUACGCCCUGCAUUUCGCCCUCGGCGACGGCCACCUCGCCAUUCAGAGGCUGCAUCAGCGCUACGGCAAGACGGUGCGCGUGGCGCCGGACCGCCUUUCUCUCCACGACCCCGACGCGUGGCAGGAAGUCAUGGGCCACCACAAAGAUCGCGGCGAGAACGCCAAGGCGCCGGGCUUCUACGACCCCAACAACAUCGUCGGGGCGGACCUGCGAAGCCAUGCCAGGCACCGGAAGCUGCUGUCGGUCGGCUUCAGCGCCAGGUUUUUGAUGGAGCAGCAGGCCGUCGUCAGCGAGUACGUCGGGCUGAUGGUGAAGCGGCUGCGCGAGAUCGGCCGGGACGGAGCCAAAGCGCUGGACAUGGUGACCUGGCUCAACUGCACUACCUUUGACAUUGGGGGCGACGUAAUGUUUGGCGAGUCAUUUGGCUGCCUCCGGAACGGAGCUUACCACCCCUGGGUUGCAUUGAUUGUCGAAAACGUCCAAUUCGGGGCCUACACCUACGCCAUCGCCCAGUUCCCGCUCAUUGCCAGGCUCAUCAAGGCGUGUGUGCCCAAAUCAGUGGAAAAGCGUAUGGAGAAACACGUUGGUUAUAUUGUGGACCUGGUCGACAAGAGACUUGCCGCCGACUCGACGAGGCUGGACCUGAUGCGAGCCAUGUCGAACGCCCAAGAGGGGCAAUCUAUGAGCAAACUAGAAAUCUAUAGCAACACGGGCACGCUCGUCGUCGCCGGGGCCGAAACCACGUCGUCGGCCCUAAGUGCGAUUUUGUUUUACCUGCUAAAAACACCAAAGACUCUCCAAAAGCUGGUCGACGAGGUCCGCGGUGCUUUCGAAACGGAAAUUGACAUAAAAUUUCUCGAUCUGCAAAAUCUGACUUACCUGAACGCAUGCAUCCGUGAGGGCUUGCGGAUGUAUCCACCACUCGCAACCGGGUUCCCUCGCAUUACUCCGCCCCAGGGGACUGUGUUGUUUGGUGAAUACUUGCCACCAAAGCCUCAGACCAUUAUCGACAUAUGGCAGUGGCCAAUGUCUCGCAGCAACGAGUACUUCAAGGACGCCGAUAAAUACGUACCCGAGAGGUGGAUGUCCGACCCCGAGUACGAGUCAGACGUCAGGCAAGCAUCACAGCCUUUCUCCUUCGGGCCAAGGGACUGCAUGGGGAAACCUCUUGCAUAUGCCGAGAUGCGAGCUAUACUGGCACACUUGGUGUGGAAUUUUGACAUGAAGUUGGCUGACGACAGUAAGGACUGGGACAAGAGGCAGAAGGUUCUCAUGGUGUGGCUUAAGCCGCCUUUGAAUGUGUACAUGAAGCCUGUGGUGCGGAAAUAG